GAGAAUAACUUCACGAUGAAAUUGAGUCUCUCCAGGGUGGUUCAAGGCUGUCGCCUGGGAACAUUAAGUAAUCUGGGAAAGAAAGGGGACCGCUCCAUGGAGUUUCCAGGAUGCUUGCUCUACACCAGGACUGGGUCGGCUCCUCAUCUGACUCAUGACACAUUGCAAGUCAUCAGCGGGGUUCCUGCCAUGACUCAGCUCACCCUGUCCUCACUGGCAGAGCACUAUGAAAUCUUGGAGGAAUAUAAAGAAGGAAUUGGAAAAUUUAUAGGAAUGCCAGAAUCAGUGUUCUAUUGUUCUCUCCAUGAUCCUGUCAAUCCCUGUCCUGCUGGCUUUAUCACUAACAAGUCUGUGUCUGUGUGGGGUGUUGGAGGGCGCCUGGAAAUGACCGCAGCCAAAUUCAUGGCCAUUCAGCAGGCCCUUCAGCCUGACUGGCUUCAGUGCCUGUCCGACGGGGAGGCCUUGUGCGCUGAUACCUCCUCUUCUAAGAGAGCCAAGAAGUCUGUGGAUCGGUCCCUCGACUUCCUAGACGAGUGUCUAAAGCUCCAGGAACAGUCUGAGGUUCUUCGGAGUUGUGUGAUGAUUGGAGUAAUUGAAGGUGGAGAUAUACUAGGGGAAAGGCUGAGAUCAGCAAGGGAGACGGCAAAACGGCCUGUGGGUGGCUUCCUCCUGGAUGGUUUUCAUGGAGACGCCAUGACAAAGGAGACGAGGUUGCGGCUGAUAUCAUCUGUCACAGCCGAACUCCCAGAGGACAAACCAAGGCUCAUCUGUGGCAUUGGGCAGCCGGACGAAGUACUGGAAUGCAUUGAGGCAGGGGUGGACCUCUUUGAGAGUUUUUUCCCUUACCAAGUGACAGAACGGGGCUGUGCCCUGGCCUUCAGCCUGGAUUAUGAGCCCAACCCCGAAGACACGGUAUUACAACAAAAUGGGCAGAAGGAAGGAGGAGAAAAUGGGGAACAUAUAGAUAAGAUUAUAACAACCAAACGCAUUCCAGAAACAUCUUUUGAAAUAAAUCUGAAAGAAAAAAAGUACCGCGAUGAUUUCGGUCCUCUGGUCGGGGGAUGUUCCUGUUACUGCUGUAAGAACCAUAGUCGGGCUUAUGUCCACCACCUCCUGGUGACCAAUGAGCUGCUGGCGGGGGUGCUCCUCAUGAUGCACAACUUUCAGCACUAUUUUGCCUUCUUCCAUGCUAUCAGAGAAGCUCUGAGAAAGGAUAGGCUGGGACAGCUGAAGGAGCUCAUCUACAGGCAGGCAUGUUGAGGCCCAGGAAAUAGAAGACAGCCACAGACAAUGAGCAUCCAUCUCAGUGGAACAAAUGAAGAAACUCGGGGCACAUGACAGACCCAGCUUUGAUGGCUGGGCUUUGGGACCAAUAAUAAUAGCAAUAUUUAGCAUUUCUAGAGUUUUAGGGUUUGCAAAGUGAUUUUUUG